GACGUCGAAAUGAAUUAUGAAUGUCAGUUCUCAUCUCAAAACAAAGUCUCAAAGUUUACGCUACGUUCAAGAUUAAAAUAUAAUUAUGAAACUGUAAAGGACCUUCGGACUUUAGACCAAUAGAUAAAAAAUACCUACAUCAUUAUUGUAAGAUCUUUUAAUUUAAUGUAAACUGUUGAACAUAAAUGACUUUCGAUUCGACAUUAUAACCUUCGUUUCCCGCAAUCUCUGUAUGACCAUGUCGUUUUCUCCUCAAGUUCUAUUAUCAAAAGUGGCCCGAGAGCGCUGCAUAGCAAAUAUAAAGGAACUACCAAAGUUUGCAUUAAAUGAUGAGGGAAGUAAAAAAACAUACGCCUCCGUUUUAGUGCCACUUUGUGUCGUAAAGGAAGAGGUGUGUUUACUGUAUACAUUAAGGUCAUCAAAUCUAAAGAACCACAGCGGACAAGUAUCAUUUCCCGGCGGAAAAAUUGAUGAAGGAGAGACAGAGAUUGAUGCAGUUUUGCGAGAAACCCAUGAGGAAAUAGGUUUCAAUGCACGAGAUGUGGAAAUCUGGGAAAAAAUGCCAAUAAUUCAAGGUCGAAACAAAGAGAUGAUUAUCCAUCCUAUUGUCGGAGUUUUGAAUAAUAUGAAUGUGGAUAAUUUAGUUAGAAGUGUUGAUGAAGUUGAAGAUAUCUUCACUGUGCCAAUGAAAGAACUUUGUAAUAUAGAAAAUCAUGGUCACCUAAAAUUACAACGUGAAAAAAUUAUUCUACCCGUAUACACAUUUGGAAAGUACACAAUAUGGGGCAUCACAGGAAUGAUAACACAUCUGUUUCUCCAGUGUUUCCUUCCAGAAAGUUUGUACACCAAUGAUUUUAUGCGUAAAAAAUAUACUAUAGGUGAAUUAAUGCCAUCAAAAAUAUAGGUACUUAAUAUGAUUACAUUUUAUUGUAAUGAUGACGGUAAAAUAAAUUUGUAAAAUGCUUUAUCAUUACCCUACUAAAAGCUAUGCUUUGGCACAAUUCUCCUCUGGGUCAAAACUGUUGUGAAACUAUAUGAACAAUUUAAGUACAAUUGUGAUAUGUACAUAAGAAAAAAUGUGUACUUUACAGAUAGCAAAAACAUUAUUGAUUUGAUAUAAACUUCUUUACAAUAUGGGUACAUUAUUCAUUUUGUCUAUAUUAAUUAUUUAAAAAAAAAAAAAAACAUUCUUAUAUUACUUGUUAACAUAUUUAUAGAAAUGAAAAGAUAAUAAUGACCUAAUCCCAAAUUAUUUUUUCAUAAAUGUAUUUUGUUAAUUUUGUUUCUGCUGUUAUGGAAAUGGAAUGUGGAGUUUUAUUUUUAUGGCAAAAGAUAAUAUAGGAUGGGAUAUCCAUGUUUUAAUGUGUUAUGGAUGGGCUCUUGUUAAACAGGAAUUAAUUAUUAUAAUGUACAGUAUUUAAAUAAAUUAUUUAUUUGUUGUAUUAA